AUGGAGGCAAGCCCAGUGACAGAUGUGAAGAUCUCGUCGGUGGUGCCUGCUUCUUUGACAGGCGAGAACAAGCCACGGCAUCUCACGGCCAUGGACUUAGCCGUGAAGCUCCACUACGUCCGAGCUGUUUACUUCUUCAAGGGUGCCCGUGACUUCACCAUCACCAACUUGAAAGACAUUACGUUUCCUCUGCUCGACCUCCAGUGUUAUGACCAUGUGACGGGUCGGAUCCGGAUUCUCGACAACAACGACGACCCUUCAGCUCAAGCUAUACAUUACAUUCGCUGCAACGACAGUGGGAUACGUAUAGUUGAAGCCAAAGUCGAAGGGUUCACGGUCCAGGAGUGGCUUGACUUGGAUGACCGUUCCAUCGACCACCGGUUCCUUGUCUAUGAUCACGUUCUUGGUCCUGAUCUUUUCUUCUCUCCACUCGUUUACCUCCAGAUAACACAGUUCAAAUGCGGUGGGUUAUCAAUAGGGCUAAGUUGGGCCCAUGUACUAGGAGAUGUAGUUUCAGCAUCUACUUUCAUGAAAACAAUGGGACAGCUAAUGUCGACUCAUGGCCCACCCAAACCCAUCUACCCGAAAAAGCCUUUACUGGCUCCACCGCAUGCUAAUGGUCAAGCUGAUGAUGAUGAUGAUGGUCAAGCCAUUUCCAUUAAGAAGAUAGAUUCAGUUGGGAAGUAUUGGUUACUUAGCAAUAAAUGCAAGAUGGGGAGAGAUAACUUUAACUUCAGCCUCGAGCAAAUUAACCGUUUGAUGGCCAAGCAUGACCAAUCUUUUUCGGAAGUUAGUAUUCUGUAUGCAUUGAUAUGGAGAUCGGUACUGAACAUCCGUGGCGAAACAGACACGAAUGUUAUAACAAUUUGUGACCGUAACAUGUCUUCAACAUGUUGGAACGAUGACUUGGUGAUAAGUGUAGUGGAAAGAAAAGAGGAAAUGAGUGAAGUAUCCGAACUAGCGAGGCUCAUUGAGGUCGAGAGAAGAGAAGAGAACGGUGUGAUCAAGGGGAUGAUUGAAAAAGAUAGAGGCUCUUCGGAUUUUAUCACGUACGGUGCAAACUUAACGUUUGUGAAUCUUGACAUGUGUGACGAACUUGAGAUCAAAGGAGAGAAGCCUGAUUUCGUGAACUAUACGAUUCAUGGUGUUGGGGACAAAGGAGUUGUGUUGGUGUUUCCUAAGAGAAAGUUUGAGAGGGUUGUGAGUGUUGUGAUGCCUGAAGAGGAGCUUGCAAAGCUGAAGGUUGAGGUGAAUAAUAUGAUUAUGUAACUUUUUGUAGUUCUUGUUUUUGGUUGUUGUCUUGUUGUUGUUCUCUGUGGUGCAACUUAGAUACAAUUUCUAGUUUUUUAUUUGCA